CAGUACUGAUUCUGAUUGUUAGGCUGCGUACAUUUACUCACGUAUUGUAUACAAGGAUACUUGUACUUUACUUGAGUGUUUCCAUUUAUAUGCUUCUACUUCACUUGAGAUGGAGGCAGGCAGCCUCGUCUCAUGCCGAGAGGACAUCUCUUCGCUGUUUCCUGAGCAAACGCCGGGUGCCAAAUACAAAGAUCUAAGCGGUCAGUUUUCCACCGUCAGACAAGUGCGCGGAGAUGGAAACUGCUUCUACAGAGCCCUUUGCUUUGCACACUUGGAGUCAGUGCUGCCCAAUGCCAGGGCUUUGCAGAGAUUUAAGGAGAAAAUUGUUCAAACCUAUGAAGACUUGUCUUCUGCGGGAUUUGACGAGAGGUCCUUCAAGCACCACCUGAACACAGUUGUUAACGUUGUGGAGCAGUGCCAGGCUGAUGAGCAGGAAGACACGCUGCUCAGGCUCUUCAAUGAGCAGAUGACGUCUGACAGCGUGGUGCAGUAUCUCCGGCUGCUCACUUCAGCACACCUGCAAAACCAGGCGGACUUCUUCUGCAACUUUGUGGAGGCGCCUAAUCUACUUGUCUACUGUCACCAAGAAGUGGAGACCAUGGCGAUGGAGUGUGAUCACGUGGACAUCUUAGCUCUGUCACAGGCCCUGGAUAUUUGCAUCCACAUCGUCUCUAUGGAGGGCGAUGAACAGCUGUUGGCUCACCACGUCAUUCCAGAAGGUGCUGAACCCUCCCUGCACCUCCUCUACCAAACGUCACAUUAUAACAUUCUCUACCCGCGUCCUCAACACUGACCAGAGGCCCACGAGGACUCAGCUCCACUCAGGAACAUUGACUUUGGUGGAAUAAAAAUCCCAACUGGGCUUUGAGACACUUGUGAAAACAGAUUUUUAUAAAGGCUUGCAGUGUACAGCGACUCAACAACAUUUGGAAAUACAUUUUCUUUGCACAUUGUGCGAUAAGUAUUUCAAUUAAUUUAUGUAAAACAUUUACAUAAAUUAACAAUUACCUACACCAUGUUAGAGAUGGCCUCUCUAAAUACACAUUCCAUUUACACGUCAUUGCGGCUGCUCUUUUGCAACACCUUUCUUUAACUUCUGUUUCUUCUCCUGUAUUGAAACCCUGUUGAGGGCAUUUCCCCUCCCAGCUUGAGGCAUGUGAGGCAGGGAGAGUUUUCCCAUUUGAGUGGGGUACUUGUUGUAAAACACAUUCUUGAAGACCGGCUGGGAGCUCAGAUGCUUCAAAUGCUUUUUCAUCCCCUUUACCGCCCUCUGCUGCUCUCGGUCAUCGUUUUCAUCCUUUGCCCCACCUGUGGACAUAGAUGGUAUAUUCAGUUGUCUGUAUUUUAACAUUUUUAAAUAAAGGGAACCUGGUGCAGAA